CAUUGGUUUGCCAUUGCUCCGAACGCCAACAGUGCGACCCGCCUAAAAAAAAAUCCCUGAAUGUUGCCUCGCAUACUCCGUACUUCAUCAAAUCGUCUUGUAACCGCCUCGCAUUGCUUUCAUAUUUCCUCUGUUGGGGUACUUGAAUUCAUUAAACCAUCUCGUUUGAUUUUACACGUCUAAAGCGGGGGAGAAAAGAAGAAGUAAAGAAGAAAGAAAAAAAAUAAAGUGAGACUGCAGCCGGAUGAACUAUCCCUUUGGCCACGGUACAAGUCCCAAGACAAAACCUGACCGACCAACAUACGGACCUUUUGCUGAAGAGAGCAAUAAAUCCAAACAAACCGGUCCUUCGCUCGCUUGAAUCGGAUCUGGGAUUUCCGAAUCUGAGCGAGCGCGUGUUGAGACCAUAACUUUUCGAGGCGCCGUGCCCGCUGUACUGCGUGACGUGCGCGCUGCCAGCUGCCCUCUAUUGUUCCCUGCAACCAAGCAACUGGAAAGGUCCCCACCAAGUCCUACCUAGGUACUCUACUCCUCAAGGGGCAAGGGCCGUGCCGUCGGUUGGACUUAACACGACUUUGCUCUCCCAUCUAACCACACCGCCGCCCCUCCUCUCUUCUCCCAAGGCGACGGACCUUGGGUUACCUUAGUCGCAGGCGUCCCUUCAACCUCAAUCUCGGCCACCUUUAUCAAACCCGAUUUGCCAGCGAGAACGCCCUAUUCUCGCAUCUGCUCGCUUCGUAGCGUCGUCGCCAGAACAGCUCUUCUGGCCACAUUUUUUUUUUUCUACACAUGGUUUUACCAGCGGUUUGUCAUCGGCGUCUCGGCUUCACAUGAAUCGCCUAGCGGCUCGCAACGCUCGUCCUUGUGAUAAUUGAUGCAACUCGAUACAACCGCCGUCAGCAAACCCAUCAAACCGCCUCAGAUCCCCUCGUUCUCCUUUUUACACCCCGGGUGGACGAAUAGCGACCACGCGCGACUUCUCUUCCAGCGCACUGCGCAACUCGCCGCGCCUCAUUGGGCUCGACUGCCCUUCACUGCGAUCGUCGUGUUAACUUGUCAAUAACAGCGUAACAUUUUGUAUUUCUGCCUUUUUAAUCACAGGACAAAAUGGCGUCGCAAAACAAGUACGUACACCUAAAUCCUGCCCCGCUCAGCCAAAGUGGUCGAUAUUGGCACCGCAGGCUAUGGCUUGAAUGAAAUUGCCACAUUACGAUAUUCCUCCCACAACUCUAGGGUAGCUCCCUCGCCCCUUGUUUUCGACCGGUGUAGACACCGGACCCUUCAGACACGCGCUCCACAUGUAUUCGUCGGGUCAGUUCAUGAACCCCGGACCUGCACCACGACCGCCGACAGAUAGACCGCGAUUGAACCUCACGCCUAGUCAAAAUCUACCUGGCAACAUGGCCAACAUGAGUUUGAACUCGCCCGGAAUGGGUAGGGGCCAGUUCGGCGGCGGUUCGAGUGUCUACGGCGGGUCGACCAUAUCACUACCACUGAGUCGAGCUGCAUCCAACACAGACGGCUUGGGCGGGGUUGCCGUCAUCAAAGAAGGUUGGGCGCAAGUCAAAGAAAGCAAAAACUUUAUCAACCCGUGGAAGCAGAAGUAUCUCAUCCUGCGAAAGGAGGCCCUUGAUUUUCACAAACAAGAGGGGAGCAAAUCAUCGUAUACACUCUACCUCAAGGAUGUGAUCAAUGUUGGUCGUGUAGAAGCAGCAGGCACAAUUUUCGAGGUCAAACGUCAGUCCAAUGGCACAUCAACGAGUCCCGGCGAGGAUGAUGGGACCGUCAGGACGCUGCAGAUCAAGGUCAAGAGCGACGAUGAUCUGUACGAGUGGAUAGACUUCAUUUACGCGCGGUGCCCUGGUAUGGGAGGAGUGAGCAACCCGACAAACUUUUCCCAUGCAGUGCAUGUCGGAUUCGACCCUCAGACUGGCGAGUUUGUUGGCCUGCCGCCAGAGUGGUCCAAGCUGUUGAACUCCUCCGCCAUCACCAAGGAAGAUUACGAGAGGAAUCCCCAAGCCGUAUUCGAAGUUCUAGAUUUCUACUCAGACCUCACCAAGCGUAAUGAUAACCCCGCUCAGUACUCGAGUCUGACCCCGACGCCCCCAGCUGGGGCCAUGCCGAACAAGCAACUAGGCUACAGUACCGGAGCGAACGUUGCUCCCCCGAGGCAGAUGCAACAACAGCAGCAGCCUAUGCAGCGCACUAACAACUAUCCAAACAUGUCUGGUGGUGGGUUACCGGCCAAUCCAUCUGGUGCCCGUGGGCCUUCCCCACCCGAUUCCCAGCAGCAGCAAAGGCAGCAGAUGCAGAACAUGUCUUCUAAUUAUGUCAAUCAAGGCGACCCCAACCGCGACGCGGAACGGCAGAGACAGGCCGAGGCCGCCCAGCGACAGCGCAUGAUGGAAAUCGAGGAGCAGAACCGUCGCGAUCUCGAGGCCUACAAUGCUUCUAUUCCGCAGACGAAGAAGCCGCUAGCACAGCAAGAGAUUGGCGGAUACGGCGGACCGCCGUCCUCAUCUACGGGCCGCUUCAACCCAAACAGGGCACCACCUCCUGCGCCCAAGUCUACAGCUCAACAAUCCAACCUCCAGGCGCAGCGUCCUGCUCCACGAGCCCCGAAUGCCGCCGGGGGUCCACGACCCGGAAUUUCUCAACAAGGCAGCUCACAAAACGUGAGGGAUCCUGCAUCACAGCAACAACAGCGUGCUCCACCUCGCAACGACCAGUCGCCGAAUGCGCAGCGGUAUCCCAACGGUGGGCCGGCCCCCCAGCCUCGUACCAACGGCCAAUCUCAGAACCAGCAGCCAUCUCGCUUGCCUGCGCCUGUUAAGCCUCUCAAUGUCGCGCCCAAGCCUGCAGCGCAAUCCGAUGCAGUCAGGGCGGCUGAGGCUGCGUUGACUGCGAAGCCGCCCGCGCAGGAGCGGCAGAAGGAUGUGCGCAUGUCAACCAUGUCGGAAACCGAGGUUAUGGCUAAGCUCAAAGAGGCCGUGUCAAAGGACGAUCCGAACUUGUCGUACUCGAAGCAAAAGAAGAUCGGUCAAGGAGCUUCUGGUUCAGUCUAUGUUGCCAAGGUUAAGGAGACGGCAGUCUCUCCUAUUGCUCGUGAGCUUCUUCGCGAGCAAGGCUCUAGGGCUCAGGUCGCGAUCAAGCAAAUGGACCUGGCUCAUCAGCCCCGUAAGGAACUCAUUGUCAACGAAAUCAUGGUGAUGAAGGACAGCACACACCGUAAUAUUGUCAACUAUCUCGACUCAUUCUUACGAAACAACUACACCGAGCUGUGGGUGGUUAUGGAGUACAUGGAGGGUGGCGCUUUAACCGAUGUGAUUGACAACAACCCUGUUAUCACUGAGGAGCAAAUCUCUACCAUUUGCCUCGAGACCUGCCAGGGACUGCAGCACCUGCACUCGCAGAGCAUCAUCCACCGUGAUAUCAAGAGUGAUAACGUGCUUCUGGACGCCAGGGGUAACGUCAAAAUUACCGAUUUUGGAUUCUGUGCAAAGCUCACCGAGUCCAAGUCGAAGCGAGCCACCAUGGUUGGAACUCCUUACUGGAUGGCGCCCGAGGUCGUCAAGCAGAAGGAGUACGGUCCCAAGGUUGAUAUUUGGUCGCUGGGUAUCAUGGCGAUUGAGAUGAUCGAAUCCGAGCCUCCUUACUUGAAUGAGGAGCCGCUCAAGGCGCUGUAUCUGAUUGCUACUAACGGGACACCUCGCCUCAAGAACCCGGCCAAGCUGAGCAAAGAGCUGAAGGCUUUCCUGUCUGUCUGCCUCUGUGUCGAUGUCAAGAGCCGAGCAUCUGCCAAGGAACUUCUUGAACAUGAUUUCUUGAAGCAUGGUUGCCCUCUGGGUAGCUUGUCUGACCUCCUCGCCUUCAAGAAGCACGCCAAAUAAAGCCCCCGGUAAUACUUUACGGCAACCACAGGGAAUGGAAGCAACACACCAGUUUCCCUAAUCCUCGCUUUACGCGUGGACAAACUACAUUUACAAUCCACAAAUCCGAAUCCCUUGGUCCUUCAGAUGGGACUCGGCCGCUCUUUGUGUCGACUAAGGCAUAUGCAGCGAACAUACUGGAGAUUGGCGUUCUUCGCAUUCGGGCGUUUGGCUGGGAAAAGAGGCUAAUUGCUUUCCUUCACAUCUCGCUUCCAUACUCAUGGCACCGAGCCCGAGUGCUCAAUCCUGAACACCGCUUGCCUGAAAUGAUAAUGGCCCAUGUUGUUGUAUCACUGGCUAGGGCUCACGCUAACCAUGUCCAACCCAUCUUUUCACUCCUAGCAAUCUUUUUCUCUGCUAGGUUGAGAUGGAUUGGAAAAAAAAAAACAAUGUCACAAUUUCACAAUGUGCCAUGUCAAGCAAAGUUCGUUACUAUACCAUCAACUUUUUCAACCUUUGUUCUGGUCACUUUUCUUGGCUUUGCAUACAUGGGGAUGCUGCGUUCUCUCUGUUUCUUCUUCCUCUGUGUCGUGGCCUUUUUUUAGGUGGGCGGGCUCUUUUGUUUAUGCGGAUAUAUCUAUCUAUCAAAGUUUCUCUGCAUGAUGUUUCCUAUGGGAUGGAUCCAUUUUGGCGUGUUCAUUACUAUUACUAUAUUAGAGCAAACUAAGCCCAAAUACAACUUGGCUUUUCGUGUAA